UACUGAGGAAGUGCAUAAAGCCACCUGAUUAUCUCGUGAUUUCUCGCUGAGUUCUGCUGCUCGGUUCUGCUGUACAGCGCUGAUGUGGUUCUCCGUGUUUGUCGCCGUCGCUGUGGGUCUAUCCGGGGCUCGCGCCGCGGCCGUGUGUCCCUGCGCUCGAGAGGAGCUCUGUCAGCCGGUCCAGCAUGAGCACGAGCUGGAGGUGUUUGUAUUUGAUGUUGGGGGAAAAACAUGGAAAUCUUAUGACUGGUCAAAGGUGACGACUGUCGCUGCCUUUGGAAAGUACGACGCUGAGCUCAUGUGUUAUGCUCAUUCCAAAGGAGCCCGUUAUGUACUGAAAGGUGAUGUGUCUAUGUCUGAUAUCGUGGAUAAUGCCAAGAGGGCCGCUUGGAUCAAGGAAAAGGUCAGUUUGGCUAAGAACCAGUUCAUGGAUGGAAUUAACCUUGACAUCGAGCAGGCUGUAGAGCAGUCUUCACCGGAGUACUAUGCUUUGACAUCCCUUGUCAAAGAGACCACAGAUAUGUUCCAUCAAGAAAUCCCAGGCUCUCAGGUGUCGUUUGAUGUGGCUUGGUCACCCAAGUGCAUUGAUAAGCGCUGCUAUGACUACAUUGCUAUUGCGAAUUCCUGUGACCUCCUCUUCGUAAUGUCUUACGAUGAACAGAGUCAGAUCUGGGGCGACUGCAUUGCCAUGGCAAAUUCACCAUUCAAUCAGACGUUAACAGCAUAUGAUGAGUACAUUGGGAUGAAAAUUGAUCCAAAGAAGCUAGUGAUGGGAGUUCCAUGGUAUGGAUAUGACUACACAUGUCUAAAUCUCUCACAGGAAGGGGUUUGUACAAUUCCUAAGGUGCCUUUCAGAGGAGCUCCUUGCAGUGACGCGUCUGGAAAGCAAAUACCAUACAGAACUAUGAUGAAACAGGUCAACAGCUCCACAUCUGGGCGACUUUGGGAUGAGAUCCAGAAGGCUCCUUACUAUAAUUAUAAGGAUAAAGUUGGGAAGCUCCAUCAGGUGUGGUAUGAUGACCCAGAGAGCAUCUCUUUGAAGGCAGCAUAUGUGGCAAAGCAGGGUUUGAGGGGGAUCGGCAUGUGGAAUGGAAAUCUACUUGAUUACAGCAACGACCCAGUCGCCAAGCAGCAAAGUGCUGAUAUGUGGAACGCCCUCAUACCAAAUCAACCAAUGUCAGUGAUGGUCUCCUAGGAUCUUGUGUUCAACCAACCUUGUUUUCGACGUCAAACUUAGCCUCAGAUGUUAAAUUGGAAGGGAUUUAGGGAUUUGUUGUUAAUCCUAUUCUAUAUUUUCCUAAAAUUAUUCUGUACCACAUACUGAUUUUUAAAAGUCUUGUUGCACUUUUGUAAUUCAAAAUUAAAUGAUUACAUUUUUGAAAAAAAAA